CAUAGAAUCAAGGACACACUUGAAACAUAAACUCUCUCUUACACAACCCUUCAGACUGAAGAUUCUCUGUGCUUCCUUCCAAAUUAAGCAGCCAUUAGAUCCACAAUACAACUGGGAUUUGGAUCGAAGAGUUUUCAACGGGGCAUUUUAAUUUUUUUCUGGGAUUUUUAUUUGCAGAAGCUCUGGUGAAGGAAUGUCGAGGAUUACGAAGUGGAAGCUUGAGAAGACAAAAGUAAAAGUGGUCUUCAGGUUACAGUUUCAUGCCACACACAUUCCGCAAAGUGGAUGGGAUAAACUAUUUAUAUCCUUCGUUCCUGCUGAUUCUGGAAAGGCAACAGCAAAGACCACCAAAGCAAUUGUGAGGAAUGGGACAUGCAAAUGGGCUGAUCCAAUCUAUGAGACUACGCGACUUCUCCAAGAUGUUAGAAAUAAACAAUAUGAUGACAAGCUCUAUAAGCUUGUUGUGGCAAUGGGUUCUUCUCGGUCUAGCAUCCUUGGUGAGGCUACCAUCAACCUUGCUGACCAUGCUGAUGCAUUAAAGCCUUCUGUUGUUGCACUGCCUCUUCUUGGUUGUGAUUCUGGAACUACUUUACACGUCACCGUGCAGCUGCUAACUUCUAAAACUGGUUUCAGAGAAUUUGAACAGCAGAGGGAACUUAGUGAGAGGGGAUUACAGACAGGGAAUGACCAAAUUAGUCCUGACGAAUCUUGUGGUGGAAUGAAUAAUCAGAUGGAGAAGGUCAGUGCCAGAGUUAGGUUAAAAGAAAAAUCCAAAGAGCUGCCAUCGCUUGAAGAAAAGGUGGGUAUGAAUGAAGACUAUGCAGACUCAGCUGCUGGAUUUGACGGUUCUUCUAAUACUUCAGAAAGUUUAUAUGCUGAGAAGCAAGAUACAUCCAGCACACAUGAAAUUGACAGCCUUAAGAGUAUGGUCUCUGGUGAUUUAGCUGGACUUAGUCAAAGUCCUCAACAAGAGAAAGGAGACUCCUCAGAUCAUCGGUUUCUGGUGCAGGGAACCAAUGAUUGGGUUCCUGGAUGGGGUUCAGACUAUUCUGUAGAUAAUGACUUGGCAACUGCUUAUGAAGAGAAUUGUAGACUGAGAGGCUGCUUGGAAGUGGCUGAGUUAUCCAUUAAUGAGCUGAAGCUAGAAGUAACGUCCUUGCAAAGUUAUGCUGCUGAUAUAGGCACUGAUGCACAAAAACUAGCUCAGAAGCUUGUUGCAGAGAUUGCAUCUGGGGAACAGCUGGCAAAACAGGUUCUUUUACUGAAAUCAGAGUGUUCAAAUUUGAAAGAUGAUGUUGGACGGCUGACAAAAUUGAAAACAAGCUUUCCAUUUACCCACAGAGAAGCUAUUGCUAAGGACCAGGAUCAUUUAUUUGAAAGUUUGCAAUUUGGAUGGGUGAAGGCACUUUUGAUUUUGGAGGAUAAGAUACGAGAACUGCAGAAAAAGGCAUCCCUCGGAUUACAUGAGACGGAAUUUAGGUCCCUUCAAGCAGACAUAGAGGCAUUACUCAGUCUUUUGCAGGAUCUCAAACAAGGAAAUGGAAAGGCAAAUUCUUUUCCUAACAUAGUAAUGUGUGAGCAAUUCGUACCGGGAACUGGGUUUGGCACAGAAUUGUAUCAACCAGAGUUAGACAUGCUUCAAUGUGUUAGCAUACCUGGUCUGAUGUCGCAUGAACCUAAUUCUAUAAAUGCUUCUAAGGCUGUGGAAAGCAAAAUUUUUGAACUCCUGAGGGAGUUAGAUGAGUCAAAAGCUGGACGGGAAAACCUAGAAAAGAAAAUGGACCAGAUGGAAUGCUACUAUGAAGCUCUUGUGCAGGAGCUUGAAGAAAACCAGAGGCAGAUGCUGGGAGAGUUGCAGAAUCUCAGAAAUGAGCAUUCUACUUGUCUGUAUACGAUUUCGUCUGCUAAGGCUGAGAUGGAGGCAAUGCACCAUAACCUAGAUGAGCAAAUUUUGAGAUUUUCUCAAGAAAAGCGUGAUUUGGAGUCUCUCAACACGGAUCUGGAAAGAAGGGCUUUCAGUGCUGAAGCAGCACUCAAGAGGGCACGCUUGAAUUACUCCAUCGCUGUGGACCAGUUGCAGAAGGAUCUUCAAUUACUAUCUUCCCAAGUUUUGUCCAUGUUUGAGACUAAUGAGAAUCUUAUCAGGCGAGCUUUUGUAGAUUUGUCACAACCAAGCAGUCAAGAACACCCUCAUAUAGUCCAAAACCAGAAACUGAAUUCAGAGGAAUCUUAUGUCACCAGACUUUUGGAGUGCCAGAAUCAGUAUUUUGGUCAAAAGAAACAACAAUUGGGUGGAGAUACUCUUUUAGAGGACUUGAAGAGAUCACUCCACUUGCAGGAAGGGCUUUAUCAGAAGGUAGAAGAGGAGGCUUGUGAAAUGCAUUUUGUGAAUAUUUAUUUGGAUGUCUUUUCAAGGACACUACAAGAAUCUUUGCUUGAAGCAAGUGCUGGCAUUAGACUGUUGACUGAGAAAAUGGAUGAACUUGCACGGCAGCUUGAGCUGUCAACCGAGUCAAAGGAAUUAUUGGAAGGAAGACUGCAAAGUGCUAUGAAUGAUAUCCAUUUCCUAAAUGAGAGCAAGGCCACUUGCAUUGCCAAGUGCAGUGACAUGGCUCUUCAGAACCAAAUUUUAGAAGCUAAUUUACAAGAUAUCACCUGUGAAAAUCAUCAUCUUACACAGAAGAUAGCUGAAUGGGAAUCCCUUCUGGUGGAGUUUAAGAGUUCUGAGAGCAAAUAUGAGGCUUGUGCUGCUGAGAAAACUGAGCUGGCAAAGUUAUUGGAGAAGAAAUCUCUGGAAAAUAGCAAUCUUCAGCAGGAAAAUUCCUCUUUGCAGGAAGAGUUUAAAACUAUGAAAACUCAGUUUGAUGAGCUGGCUUCUGCAAACAAAAACAUGCAGAACACUGUCAAUUUUCUGCAAAACAAAAUGCUGAACUUGUUGUCAUCUUAUGGAGAAAGUUUUAGUGAAUUGUCUCUCUGUAGAGAGUCUGUUGCUCAUGAUUUGGGUUCCAAAGACUUACAAGGUGUUGUGUUGCAAUUAGAAGAGCUCCAGAAAAAUGCGUGUCAGAAGAUUUGCCAAAUCAUGGAAGAGAAGAAAUCUCUGAUAGAUGAAAAAGAUAAAGCUCAAGUCUCCUUAAGCAAAGCAGAAUCAGAUAUUGUGCUGAUAAAGAAGAAGUUUGAACAUGAUAUAAGAGAUCUGCUAAAUAAACUUGACGAGUCUAAUGCCCUGGUGCAAAAUCUUCAGUUAAAAGUUGAAACUAUUGCAGACAAACUAAAGGUAAGUUCAGAAGUUGAAGAGAGCCAUGCACAACAGGAAAGAGAUCUUCUUUCUGAUCUUGACCAUCUCGAAGUUGAGCUUGAGCAACUUAGUUCUAAGAACAGUGACCUUGUUCAAGAAAUCUUGGCAUUAGAGAUCGUGACUGAGGAACUCAGAAGGAGUGAACAGAUGACAGCAGAACUAACUGAGAAAAAUCAGGCUUUAAUGGUGUCUUUACAGAAACAGUCUGAGGAAUCUGCUAAGUUUACACUGGAUGCCUACACGUACAAAGAAAGACUCCAAUCUCUCCAUGUUGAGCUGCAAGGUGAAAGAAGUGUGAGAGAAGAAUUAGAGAGUGCAAUUCAAAUGAAUAAUCAGACAAUAGCUGAACUAACUAAGGAAAACCAGACUUUAAUGGUGUCUUUACAGAAUAAAUCUGGGGAAUUUACUAAGCUUGCAUUGGAUGCCAAUGAUUUGAAAGAAAGUCUGAAAUCUCUUCAAGAUGAACUGCAUUGUGAGAGACGCUUGAGAGAAGACUUAGAGAGCACAGUUGGACGAAGUAAGCUGACAAUUGCAGAAUUGAUUGAGGAAAACCAAGCUUUAAUGCUCUCUUCACACAAUAAAUCUGAGGAAUCUGCUAAGCUUGCACUGGAUGUCAACACUUCCAAAGAAACUUUGCAGUCUCUUCAGAAUGAGCUGCAUGGUGAAAGGAGCUUGAGAGAUGAAUUAGAGAAUAAAGUUCUGGAUCUUACUUCACAAUUAAAUGAGAAGGACUACCAGCUGCAAGUUUUUGAGCAGUAUGAGUCUGAACUGGUCCAUCUCAAGCAACUUGUAUCAGAUCUAGAAUCGGAGAAAUCAAGGCUUUGCGAUCUUUUGUUGCACUCUGAGAGAUGCCUUCAAACUGCUAGUGAAGAAUCUUCUUCUGUCACCGUUCUGGAAUCUCAGUUGUCUGAAAUGCAUGAACUAUUACUAGCUUCCAAUGUCAGAUUCAUUUUCAUUAGAACUCAGUACCUGGUGUGGGUUGAAGAGUUUGUUCAACAAUCAUAUUCCAAAGGCAUGCUUCUCUCUGAGCUUCAGAUCAAGAAUCUUGAUUUAGAGGAUGCACUUGGUAAUUGCCUUGCUCGUGAAGUACAGUGCAAUGAAGAGAAUGCCAGAUUGUUGACACGUCUUGACACACUAAAAUCUGAGAUGCAUGCCUCUAUUGCUGAAAACAGGGUACUUCUCGAUACAACAGCUCAGCUUGAAGAGUACAAAAACAGGGCUGUAAAUAUGGAGGCUAAUUAUCAUGAGAAAAAUAAGCUUGCUAUUGAAGUUGGAAGGCUGAAGCACUUGUUGGUGAGUUCCGAAGAAGAGAUUGAUGAUCUGAUAGUCUCCAGAGAAGAACUACAUAUCAAAGUUUUAGUACUUGAAGCUAAACUGGAUGAACUUUAUGCUCAAGUAAUCUUGUUGGAGGGACAUAAUGGUGAACGUUUGACAUUGCAGAAUCAGUGCAGGGAGCUUACUAACAAGCUCUCUGAGCAGCUUUUGAAGACCGAGGAGUUCAAAAACUUGUCCAUCCAUCUUAAGGAGCUUAAAGACAAGGCUGAAGCUGAAUGUAUCCAGCUUCGUGAAAAAAAAGAGUCAGAAGGACUACCAACUCCUAUGCAGGAGUCUCUGAGGAUUGCUUUUAUUAAAGAACAAUAUGAAACAAAGGUGCAAGAACUAAAACAUCAGCUGUCUGUUUCAAGAAAGCAUAGCGAGGAAAUGCUAUGGAAAUUACAAGAUGCUAUUGAUGAAAUUGAGAAUAGAAAGAAAUCUGAAGCUUCUCACUUGAAGAAAAAUGAAGAGUUGGGAGUGAAAAUCUUGGAAUUAGAGGUUGAGUUACAAUCUCUAAUGUCUGAGAAGCGUGAAAAAGCAAAUGCUUAUGACCAGUUGAAGUCUGAACUGGAAUGUUCAUUAAUAAGCCUUGAAUGCUGUAAACAGGAACAACAAAAGCUUGAAGCUUUUUUGAAAGAAUGCAAUGAGGAAAAGACUCAGAUGUCUGUUGAUCUCACCAUGAUGAGAGAAUUGCUUGACAGUUCCUCCUUGGCUGUUCAAAAGCAAGGUAAUGAUGGGUUGCACAAUGAAAAUUGCAUGUCAAAUGAGCAAGUUGGCAGAAAUGUUUACCAAGAAAAUGUAAGUACGGGCCCUUCUAGCCCUGGAAGAGUGAAUAUAGACAAAGGUUGUAGUAAUGGUUCAACCGUGGACAUGAAUCUCAAGUAUUUGGAACGAGAUAGUGCAGUGAAUUGUGAAUAUUCAGAAAACACAUUCUUGGUUCCUAUGUCUGAAGUUAACUGUUCAAGUGCAGUCACUGAUGCGCAAGCAGAGCAGAAUGUGCUCAUAUCCAGUGGUGUAAAUGGACUUUCAAAUCUUGCACUUGGAAAUCAAGAGAACCUACAACCGAAUGACAUGAAUCAUCUAGCUUUUGUCAACGAUCAUUUCAGAGUCCAAAGUUUGAAGUCUAGCAUGGAUCACUUAAAUGAGGAGUUGGAAAGGAUGAAAAAUGAGAAUUCACUUGUUUUGCUGGAUGAUAAGCAUUUUGACCCCAAAUAUCCGGGAUUACAGAGAGAGAUGAUGCAGUUACAUAAGGUAAAUGAAGAACUGGGAAGCAUAUACCCUCUGUUCAAUGAAAGACCAGGCAAUGGAAAUGCAAUAGAAAGGGUACUUGCAUUGGAAAUUGAGCUUGCUGAAGCAUUGCAAGCAAAGAAAAAAUCAAGCUUCCAGUUUCAGAGCUCUUUCUUGAAACAACACAAUGAUGAGGAAGCAAUUUUCCAAAGCUUUAGAGACAUCAAUGCGCUAAUUAAAGACAUGUUGGAUAUAAAGGGAAGGCAUGCAGCCAUGGAGACUGAACUAAAAGAGAUGCAUGAUCGGUACUCUCAGUUAAGUCUUCAAUUUGCAGAAGUUGAAGGAGAGAGGCAAAAACUUAUGAUGACUCUCAAGAAUGUUCGGGCAUCCAAGCGAUUUCGAGCCUAAAGAGCCUCUCUUGGCAAGUAACAACCACAAUAGCAAACCUGAAAUGAUGUUUUUUGCUAAGUUCUGGAAAACACACCCAAGAAUAGAAGCUGGCCUCUCCACCUUGCUUGCCCGCAAUGUUAAUUAUUAUAUUUACAGUGAUCAAUUAUCCUAGGCCAUUGAACACAGCACGUUGAAAUUUUCAAGCUUGGUGGGGAUGCUUAUGUCUAAAGCAGCUGUAAUUUGUGUAAAUAAAAAGAUCAGUGCCUAAUAUUUAAAACCAUUUAUUCAAAGUGUAAUCCUGUAACAUUUUGACCCAAAGCUUUCAAUGUCUCAGUGGUGCAAUUCCUUCUGCUGUAA